AUGGAUGCAUAUUUUCGUGGAGAAGUAGAUAAAUUCAUUCAAGCUACAGAAAACCAUGCAAUAAUUGAGAAGACACAGAUGAUACAUUGCCCAUACAGAACCUGCAAAAACCUGAGAGUAUUCAGCGACACAACUAUAAUUAGAUCGCAUGUGUUGAUUAGUGAUUUUGUAGACAACUACAUGAUCUGGAAUAAGCAUGGUGAAGAAGAACAACCUCAGAGAGAGAAUUUAAUCGAUGAAAUAAUGCAAGUGCCCGAGUUUAAUAUAUUGUUUGAUGCCUUUGAUGAUGCUGGCUGUGAGGAUGAAGGUGUUGGUGGUGGUCAUUUUGAUGGUGUUGACGGGAGUCCAUUAGAUCUUGGCAGUGAUAAUGAUAGCGAUGAACUUGAUGAUGGUGAUUUUCUGAGCCAGUUGUUGCGUCACAUUAUAGCGGAGCUGUUGGUUGGUAGUGCUAAGGGGUUAGAAAACUUCGAGACGGUGAAGAAAUCAGCAGAGGAAAAUAUAUAUGAGCGGUCUAAAGGAUGUCCGAAACACUGGACCAUUCUUCGUUUUGUACUUGACCUGUUGACCCUAAAGGCUAAGCAUAGCUGGUCAGACAGUAGUUUCAAUGAUCUCCUGGGUAUGUUGGCACAGUUGCUUUCGAAGCCAAAUAAAGUGCCUGCGAACACAUAUCGAGUAAAGAAGCUUGUCAGCCCGUUCACAAUGGGUGUGGAAAAAAUUCACGCAUGCCCGAAUCUUUGUAUUUUGUAUCGUGGGGAUGCUUUCAAAGACAUGGACAAAUGCCCUGUAUAUUCUACAAAUAGGUACAAAAAUAAUGCUGGUUAUUGUGGCGGCGAUAAUCAAGGCCCAGGAGAUAGGAACAAAAGGAAGAGGAAGGGUGCAACGAAUAGUGUUGCGGAGGCACCAGAUACUACUUUAGGCGUCUCUGAGAAGCAGAGGCGAAUUCUGGCGAUGGUUAUGUGGUACCUCCCGGUUGCCGACCGCCUAAGACGUUUCUUCUCCAACCCAAAGGAUGCUGAGUUGAUGCGCUGGUGGGAUUCAGAUAAGCGCAAGAAGGGUGAUGGAAAGCUUCGACAUCCAGCUGAUGCUCGGCGGUGGAAGAAAUUCGAUGAGCAGUAUUAUCUGGAAUUUGGAAAGGACCCAGGGAACGUCAAAGGUAGGACGAGAUGCACGGUCUGCGUGGAUGAGACCGUAUCAUCUUUCCUGGAAGGUUCUAGAAAGUUAGUUUACCUUGGCCACAGACGCUUCUUGGUGGAAGGACAUCGAUACCGAAGUAAGAAGUUCUACACAUUUCUUGAGGGCAAGGCUGAAUUACAUUCUGCUCCAGUAAAAAGAGACGGGCACUAUAUUUUCAGAAUGGUGAGGACCAUCCAGGUUAGCUAUGGGAAGGUGACAAAAGAUGGAAAGAAGAAAAAUAGAGAUAAGGCACUAAUCGAAGGCGUACCAUUCGAGAAACAGUCCAUCUUCUACAAGUACUUGCCAUAUUGGGAUGAUCUUGAAGUCCGCCAUGCAAUCGAUGGUAUGCACCUGAAGAAGAAUGUGUUUGGUAACACGAUUGGGCUCCUUCUGGAGACAUCAGCAAAGACAAAGGAUACCUUAAUGUCACGUCAAGACCUAGUAGCCAUGAAGAUAAGGGAGGAUCUUCACCCUAUAGAUAAAGGAAAUGGAAGAUAUGAACUUCCCCCGGCUUCCUACAACUUGACACAUGAUGAGAAGGCAAUGUGCGAGAGUUUACGGGGGGGUCAGAGUCCCAAGUUGUUUUUUCAUCCAACAUAA